AUGGCCGAAUCACUGGAGGAGCAUGCUACUGCUGAACCGCCAAGCAUCCGACCCAAGCUGCAAUGCGUUCAGUUCCUGGAGACGCACUUCGAGCAGGGAGGAGUCGACAAGAAAGGCUUUGAAAUGCUGUACCGCAUGGUGGAAAUGAUGAGCGCAAUAGGUUGGGAGACACACCUCAUCUUCCACUCAAAGAUUGCGACGGGUUCAUCUCUCGCUAAGAUGGAGUACUAUAUCAGCUGCAUGCUCCAAGGCUGCGAAGUCUUCCGUGCGAGUAUGCAAGAAGCCGCACAGAAAGCUACGGAUGCUUCCAACGCGCUCCCGGUCGUCGACACGAGCGGCAACACAACUGACGCGGAGCUGAGCAACGAUGCAAAGCUCUUUCAGAUGAUCCUUGAGCACUUCGACAAGCAUGCAUACCUGCGAUUGCACCGUCUGAGCAUCCGCAAGCCAGCGUACGGGCUCGUGAGCUUGGUCUCCUGUGCCACCAAACUCUACGAAGCACUUCAUAGGCUUUGUCAAGUUGCGCUGGAGGCCGACCGCCGGGUGAUCGCGCUGCGAGAGAGGCUCCACAAGGAUGAAGAGCUUACGGCGGCAAUUCGAGCGCAGAAGCUUGCAGAAUCGAGGGUGGAGAUGCUGGCGCCGACCAUGUAUAUGCCCCCCCUGGACAAGGCACAGUCACAGCCUCCUCCUUCUCUGAGCAAGACAUUCAGCUUCGCUGAGGACGAGCUGAAUCUCAGGCGGCACGCGCGGGCAGCGACGGUCCCCGACACUGACUUCACCACGUUCCAAGGACUCUCAACGAUCGGCACAAGGCGGCACGGAACUCAUAUCCCUCGUGUCUUCACCGGCUCUUUCAGCCAACUGGAGACCGACAUGCGCAAGAUGCAGAUCCACAAAAUCAGGACCCCGGAGGAGCCCCUGGAGGUGAAGAUCCGCGACUUUGGCGCUACGCCUCUGCUCUCGCCGUGCGACUCACCAACGGCAUUCACACCGCUUCAGCGACGCGAGGCAAUGGUCAUCAGCGACACAGAGCUGCAAGACCGUGUUAUCAACGGCGCGCUAGUCACCAGCCGUAGGCCUUCGACAAAGGAGCGAGCGCAGACCAUCGACAGCUCCUUCGAUCUCGAGGCCUGGCUGAAGCAGGACUCGGGCAAAGUGCAGUCUCCUGAGCGUGCUGAGGUGCGGCGUGGUGUUCUGCGGCACCGAGAGAAUACUUUGUGA